AGCGGAGGGUUGUGGGCGGUCCGGAAGCGGAAGGAGAAGGAAAAACGCACAUCGAAGCGCAGGCGAGCGAGCCGGAGGGGAAAAACGAGUCGAGAGUCUUGAGUUUGCUGCCGUCGUCAUUAUGCCCAGGGGAAGUCGAAGCCGGACGUCCCGCAUGGCCCCACCGGCCAGCCGUGCACCACCAAUGCGAGCAGCUCCACCGCAGGCUGCGCAUGCACCUGUUCCAGCACCUGCCCCUGCUUCAGCAGUGGCUUCACCUGCCCCUCGGCAGCCUGGCCUGAUGGCCCAGAUGGCCACCACAGCUGCUGGUGUGGCUGUGGGCUCUGCUGUGGGGCACACACUAGGACAUGCAAUGACUGGAGGAUUUGGAGGUGGUUCUGAAGCUGCGAGGCCAGACAUCACUUAUCAGGAGCCGCAGACAGCCCAACCUGCAGUGCAGCAGUCGCAAUAUACACCUUGCCAGUAUGAAAUGAAGCAGUUCCUGGAGUGUGCCCAGAACCAGUCUGAUCUGAAACUGUGUGAGGGGUUCAGCGAGGUCUUGAAGCAAUGCCGUUUUGCCAAUGGUCUAGCCUAACAGCUGAGCUGAAUGAAGUCCAAUUCUGUUAAUGAAAGAUGCUUCACUAGUAAAAAUUCUCUUUGAAGUCUAAAAAGCUGUCUAGCAUUUCUCAUUUGUUUGUGACUGGUUGUCCGUCCCUCCUUCACCAAAAGCAUGGAGCGCUUUCCCCCAUGGAAAGGGUUAUGGUGACAGAGUUCAACAUCUGGAGGGUGGGGGCAAACACAAGACCUUCAGGAUUGUGUUGCUAAUGCUAUCUGUCCCUGCUCAUCUGCCUGUUACUAGUGUGCUGACUUGAGCCUUGGAAUAAAAGUUGAUUGCUCUUCAGAAAA